AUGUCUCGAAAGUGUGUAAACAAUCCAGAUCAGUUUUGUUACGUGUGUGGUGAUGUGACUUUUGCGUCUCAGAGACGGUCUAUUACUCCACUAAUAACAAAGGCAUAUCAGCUUUAUUUCGGUUGUAAACUAGGUGAUCAAGACAAACAGUGGGCACCCCACAUCUGCUGUAAUACGUGUGCUUCAAGUCUGAGGAGUUGGUUAAAUGGCAAAAAACGGUCUAUGCGCUUUGCUGUCCCAAUGGUUUGGAGAGAGCCUACAAAUCAUAUUAAUGAUUGUUACUUUUGCAUGGUACCUUGUGUUGGACAAGCCACAGGUAUGUCCAAGAAAAAAAAAUCGGUUAUUAACUACCCAAACAUACCAUCUGCGAUGAGACCUGUGCCUCACAAAAACGAAUCAGAUCAUGGCGAUCGAGUGAUUCGUCAGGAAGAAGAUAUGCCAUCAACGUCAAGAGAUCCUGAUUUUAUACCGAGCACGUCAUGCCACCAACCGCACAAAAUAACACAGUCAGAAUUAAAUGAUCUUGUAAGAGAUUUAGAACUUCCAAAAUGUAAGGCAGAGUUACUUGGAUCAAGACUGCGGCAGUGGAACUUGUUAGAAAAGACCUGA